GGACUCAUUACCUUCAUGUGCUCUGCUCUUCCCAGGUGCUGGUUUUUGGUCUUUAGGAUUGACCACGUGUGGUCUCCAGCUGGUGACGUUGCUAAGUAUCACGUACUUACACAGCAGCACCCUCACACUGGAAACAGCGAUGUGUUGAUAGAUGUCCCAAGAAGAGUGAAGCUACAAGGCUUCGGCAGACCAAGUGUAUACCAUGCUGCUAUUGUCAUCUUCCUUGAAUUCUUUGCGUGGGGCUUGUUGACAACUCCAAUGUUAACUGUUCUGCAUGAAACAUUUCCUCAGCACACAUUCCUCAUGAAUGGUCUCAUUCAAGGUGUAAAGGGCCUGCUGUCUUUUCUGAGUGCCCCCCUCAUUGGCGCUCUGUCUGAUGUGUGGGGGAGGAAACCCUUUCUCCUCGGCACUGUGUUCUUUACCUGCUUCCCCAUUCCACUGAUGAGGAUCAGCCCAUGGUGGUACUUUGCGAUGAUUUCUGUAUCUGGAGUCUUCUCGGUCACGUUCUCGGUGAUAUUUGCCUAUGUAGCUGAUGUCACUCAAGAACACGAGCGAAGUACUGCUUAUGGAUGGGUCUCGGCCACCUUUGCAGCCAGUCUGGUCAGUAGCCCGGCCAUUGGAGCGUACCUUUCAGCCAGUUACGGAGACAGCCUCGUUGUGCUGGUGGCCACAGUGGUGGCUCUUCUGGACAUCUGCUUCAUCUUACUGGCUGUUCCAGAAUCUCUGCCAGAGAAAAUGAGACCGCUUUCCUGGGGAGCUAAGAUUUCUUGGAAACAAGCAGACCCUUUUGCGUCACUGAAGAAGGUUGGAAAAGAUUCUACCGUCUUACUAAUUUGCAUCACCGUGUUUCUCUCAUACCUUCCUGAAGCUGGACAGUAUUCAAGUUUUUUUCUCUAUCUCAGACAGGUCAUAGGUUUUGGAUCUGUGAAGAUUGCAGCAUUCAUAGCUAUGGUAGGCAUUCUGUCUAUUGUGGCUCAGACAGUCUUUCUUACCAUCUUGAUGAGAUCGUUAGGGAAUAAGAAUACUGUCCUCCUUGGCUUGGGCUUCCAGAUGUUCCAGUUAGCCUGGUAUGGUUUUGGAUCUCAGGCCUGGAUGAUGUGGGCAGCAGGGACGGUGGCCGCCAUGUCCAGCAUCACGUUUCCAGCAGUCAGUGCCCUCGUUUCUCGGAACGCAGAGCCGGAUCAGCAAGGAGUGGCCCAGGGGAUCCUAACUGGAAUAAGAGGUCUGUGUAACGGCCUGGGGCCGGCACUGUAUGGCUUCAUAUUCUACAUGUUUCAUGUGGAACUGACGGAGCUGGAACCCGAACUGAAUUCUGACAGCGCUGCCCUGCAGGGAGCGGUCAUUCCAGGCCCACCGUUUUUAUUUGGGGCAUGUAUAGUUCUUAUGUCGUUCCUGGUUGCCUUAUUCAUCCCUGAGUACCGCCCAGGCAGUGGGAUUCAGAAACACGGCAACGGCGUCAGCGGCAGCCUGAGCAGUGCCCCGGAGCGGGGCAGCGACGAGGACAUCGAGCCACUGCUACGGGACGGAAGCAUCUGGGAGCUCUCUUCCCUCGAGGAGUCUGGGAGUCAGUGCACGGAGCUGUGAAGUCGGCAGAAGGGGAUCCUGCAGGCGCUUCUCUGAGAGCCGUGGGGGCCACGCUGCGCGGAGAUGUCACGGUGCUGGAGGGGAGGUGCUGGUGCAGCUUCAGGGCCAGGUGUGGGAAGUGACCCUCUCCAUCCCUCCGCCCCCUCCUGCUCCUGUUCAUUUUCUUCCCUUUGUGGCGGAUCAGAACAAGAUUCGAGGUACUUUUCCUGCAAAUUUUGCAACUCUCAAAGUCAUCUGGCGUCCAGACUUGACACUCAAGCAGAAAGAUUUCUCUGGUAGGAGGGCUUUCCUGGCGUAAACCCGGAGGAAGAGUGAUAGCAGUUUUUUCAUCUCCUUUUCAGCAGAAGGUGCAGGCUGGCAGUGGACUGCCAUCUCGGGCAAGAUUUGAGAUAAAAAGUCCCUGUUUAUUUUCUUCCUUCCUGUUUCUCUGAUCUGUGCCCGCUUAGCCCACGGGUGUGCCAUGAGUGGCUGCUCCAAGAGUCACUCAGUAUCAGGGAUCAAUUGCCUUUGUUCAAAGGUAAACAAAAACCCGAGUCUUACUCUCCUUUCCUUCUCUCUACUUCCUAUUCGUGGCUAGAAUGAAAUUCAGCAUAUACACCUCUGGACAUUAAUAUUGAUCAGUGAUAACCUUUAUUAGAUAAAGGAAAUUUUUUUUUAAAGGAAAAUUUUCUUAAAAAUUUAAAUUAU